AUGAAUGACGCUGAGAGAACUGAUUUUUUGGUUAUAAAUAAUAAUAAUAAUAAUAAUAAUAAUAAUAAUAAUAAUAACAUAAAUAACAAUAAUAAUAAUAAUAAUAAUUUCAAUAAUAUGAAUUUAAAUACAAAUAUUAUACAUAGUAAUUCAAAUAGAUAUGGUGAAUGGGUUUCAUGGAAUUCUAAAGAAUUUUUAAAUUGCUCAAGGUUUCAUAAUUUGGUGUAUUAUAGAAUUGCAUCGCAAAAAGAUAGAGAAUUGGAAUUUGGUGGCAGGAAAUGUGAAGAACGUCAGUGGAUUUUAAAACAGUUUAUACCUUUUUCUUCAUUUAAUGAUCAUCAAAUAUUUCAUAAAUAUAAUAAACAAAUUCCAUCGAUACAGUUUAGUAUUUUACCAAAGAGGCCAAAUUAUUAUUUGAAAAUUCAUUCACCAAAAUACUAUUCCUUUGAUCCAAAUGUUGAAAUAGAGACUACAUCUAUCAAUUUUAUUGAUAUUCUUAAAAAUGCAGAAAAAUCAAAAAUUGAUAGAUUACCACUGGAAUAUAUAUAUUGCUCAGCGGAUGAAUUAAAUUCUAGAUUUCAUAAAAACAUUGGUUGCACUGUGAAUAGGUUGAAAUCUAAUCCAAGAUGUGGUGUUCCUCAAUUUCAUAGAGAUUCUGAUGGGACAUCAAAUAUUGACUUAUUAGUUCCAAUUUUUAUGGGAAAAAGUGAUUGGUAG